AUGGACCACCACUCGUUCCUCUAUCACCAUCCUCUGGCGCAGAUGCCAACUGACCAGCGAGAGUACGAGCAACAUCGUGUCUUGGUACAAACGGAACUUUCCGGUGCCCAAGGCUUUUUCCAAGUCACUGCCAGUGACAGUGGCCCCCAGCCUUAUCACCCCGGUCCCCCAGUCCAGAACUGGCCGGCAUUCAGAUCCAACCUGGCGCCGCAAGCUCUGAUGCCCCUUCACACUGGUUUCAGUAACCCGUGGGGCGCCAAGCUACAUCCAUACGAUUUCGGUACUUCUUCUGUCACUCGUGCUAUGGUGCCUGACGAGACUUGCCUUGCAUCACUCUACACUGCCUCUCACGCCAACAUCAACAUGCCUCCCACAGUCACCUCCUCUUCCAACAUUCACCAUCAAAACUCCCAAGCCAACAUGCCUUCUACAAUUGCCUUAUCUUCCAACUUUCCCCAACAAAGCUCCCAUGCGCCGAGAGGUGAUGACCAUGAUGAUCUAAUGAUCCAGCAAACAACGCCAGCGACUUCUUCCUUUUUAAGCCAGGAACGCUUCAAUCACUCUGCCUCACACCCCGGCAUUCCUACUUCUGAAAGAUCUAGGCGUUGGAUGCACGCAACACCCCAGUCACCACCUAUCUCUGUUUCCUCAACUCAAUCUCCACGUCACCCUCACUCGCUUGUUAGCAUGAGCCCUGCGCCAACUGUGUCCGGCGCUGAAGGUAGCUCACCUCGCAUUAGCAUCGAAGAUGCUAGUGAUCAAGAGCAAAAUGGAGAGCCUCCGUAUUCCCGUCUCAUCUGGGACGCACUGAUGUCGACUGAGGACAAGAUGCUGCCUCUUCAAGGGAUCUAUCAGUGGUUUGAGAAAAAUACCACCAAGGCAGGCAAUGAGGAAUCAAAGGGCUGGCAAAACAGUAUUCGACACAAUCUUUCCAUGAAUGCGGGAUUCGAGCCUGUUAAAGUUGAGGCCUCAGGGAAAAAGGCCAUGAACUAUUGGCGUUUGACAGAAGAGGCUAUUCGAAACGGGGGUGUUCAAUCAACGACCCGGUAUCGCAAAAUGAGCGGCAAAAAGGCCAUGAGCUCAGAUCCCCCCGACCCCCGUCGUCAGCGACCAGGGGCCAAGGGUGGUAAAAAAUGCGCUGGAGUCAAGCGCCAUGCUGUUGACUAUGAGGAUGGAGAGCCAUCUCACCCACGAUCAGUGUUACAUCAACGCAAUGUCCGACCUAACCGAUCUCCUCCAUUCAACCCCCAAUCUCAAAUUCAGGUUCAAGCUCAGCCUCAACCUCAGCCUCAACCUCCAAACUUGAUGAACACUGAUAUCCACCACCUCCAACAUUACAGUAUUCCAUACUCACCAACGCCAUCCAUUGGCUUGCCUCAGUACGACGUCCCUCACAUGCCGAAUGCCCUCCCGGAACUCCAACCAAGCGGUCUGCCUCCGAUGCCUCGCCACAAUUGGCAGCAUUUCGAUCUCAGCAGCGUGAUCGGGACCACAAACUCUUCGCCCAAUGACAACAUGGUUUUCUGCGAUACAGCAGAAGGGGCGCCGGAUUGCGCUGCAUUCGUGGGGCCCUGGGUUGGGCUGGUCUAA